AUGGUCAAGACUCCUAAUAGCUCUAGAUCCAAAACAGGGCGAUUUUAUCCAUUUGAAUCGAGAAAACUGAUGACUGAAACCAUAUUAAAAAAAAAGAAAAACACAGUUAAACGCGGACCAAAUGAUGUUGAACCUCGUGUUGAACCUUUAGGCAGUGUCCUACACCAAUCCGACGAAAAUAAAACAGCUUGUGUUUCAAAAACAUCGUACAUCGCAUUUGUUUUUAGUGAGACGGAACUGCACGAGGAACUGCAUGAUUAUAAUAAAAAUUAUAGACAUUAA